AUGCAGGACGUAACAUUGUCGCCCGAUGUUGGUGGGAGAGAUAAAGCCUCGUUGACCACUGUCUUUCAACUUCCUUCACUUGUCCGUAUUCUCACUUAUUACUUGAAACUUAUCGGUUCUAAAGAAGGAUUGCAAUGGUCGCCAAUACUGUCCGCUGGGCCAGGAUUGCAAUCCAUUCACAGUUAUCAAAAAUUACGGAGAGUCCCUUAUCAAGAAUCAUACACCGAGAGAUGCUGGUUGUUCUUCACCUGCGAGGGAUUUCGUACCAAUUACAUCGCUGAGUUCUACACGGCGUUUAACACUGAAGAGAUAAGCUGUAUCGGUGAUCAGAACAAGAUUGAAGCGUCUCAACGAGAGUUGAAUAGUUACAAUUGCAGCUUGGCAGUUUGCGUCGACUCGCUGAUCUGCGACUGCGGCAACGCUCAGGGGGAAUGUCAGGGUCUUUGCAGUGAGAAAAAAGCGAUCUCUGGAUUUUUGAUCAUGUGUCCGUGGGGACAUAAGCUCGUUGAAUCGAAUCGAAAAUGCGUUCCUCGGUGUACCGCUUACUGUACGAAUGGAUGGUGCAAGCGUCCCUUCAGAGACUGCACGUGCUUUGAGGGCUACUGGAAAAAUGGUUCAAAAUGUUUGCCAGCCUCCAGAGCCUGUAUACAUGGAGAGUACGUAUCUUCCACUAAGUGUAAGUGCGACUCUGGCUGGGCUGGUGAUUCCUGCGAUGAGCCACAAUGGUGCGUAAUCGCCGAAGUCGACGGUGAAGGCGUUGCCAAAGGAACCAGCUUGAAAUUCGGCGAGAUGUGUCAAGUAUCAGCGAUUAUUCUACGCACAAGUUCUAACUGGACUCAUAAUUCCGAAAUGGUAUGGAAGAUAUUUCCCGCAUGCUUACCGAAAUGUCCUGAAGAACUAUACGGGAAAGCUGUCAAUUCUACCCAAUAUCUCAUGGACAUGAUCUACCAUUUGAUUCCUAUCGACUCUCGGUGUAAUAAACCAGAAGCUAAUGUCACGGACUCUUCAAACCAAUGGAGUAACAUCGUCAACGAGUUCCGGAGUACGACGAUGUCGUGGUACCAGUAUAUGACUUACCAAAACGACGCCUCCACCUGUGUUGCUUCCGUAUCCAGAGAAUCCAACUUCCUUAAUAAUGGGACAAGUAUAAUCGCGUGGAACGUGUAUUACUUGAUAGCUCCAAACUCACAAAUUUUUAACGUAGCAAUGAAUUUCUCCGGAACCAGGGAGAAAUCCGUUACAUGA